AAACUCAGACAGUCGUUGUCACUGAGAGGUGAAAUGGCGAAGAGAGGAGUUCAACUGUACCAGGAAACUUUCUCUUGUCCCAUCUGUCUGGAUCUACUGAAGGAUCCGGUGACUAUUCCCUGUGGACACAGCUACUGCAUGAGCUGUAUUAAAAGACACUGGGAUGAAGAGGAUAGAAGGAAAAUCCACAGCUGUCCUCAGUGUAGGAAGGUCUUCAGACCGAGACCUGACCUGGUGAAAAACACCAUGUUGGCAGAUUUAGUGGAGGAGCUGAAGAAGACUGGACUCCAAGCUGCUCCUGCUGAUCACUGCUAUGCUGGACCUGAAGAUGUGGCCUGUGAUUUCUGCACUGGGAGGAAACUGAAAGCUGUCAGAUCCUGUUUGGUGUGUCUGGUCUCUUACUGUGAGAAACACCUCCAGCCUCACUAUGAAUCCCUGGCCUUUAAAAAACACAAGCUGGUGGAGCCCUCUGAGAAGCUCCAGGAGAACAUCUGCUCUCGUCAUGAUGAGGUGAUGAAGAUGUUCUGCCGCACUGAUCAGCAGUGUAUCUGUUAUCUCUGCUCUUUGAAUGAACAUAAAGGCCACGACACAGUCUCAGCUGCAGCAGAAAGGACUGAGAGGCAGAGAGAGCUGGAGCUGAGUCGACAACAAAUCCAGCAGAGAAUCCAGGACAGAGAGAAAGAUGUGGAGCUGCUUCAACAGCAGCUGGAGGCUAUCAAUGGCUCUGCUGAUAAAGCAGUGGAGGACAGUGAGAAGAUCUUCACUCAGCUGAUCCGUCUCAUGGAGGAAAGAAGGUCUGAUGUGAAGCAGCAGAUCAGAUCCCAGCAGGAAAGUGAAGUGAGUGGAGUCAAAGAGCUUCAGGAGAAGCUGGAGCAGGAGAUCACUGAGCUGAAGAGGAAAGAUGCUGAGCUGAAUAAGCUCUCACACACACAGGAUCACACCCACUUUCUACACAACUACCCCUCACUGUCACCACUCAGUCAAUCUACACACUCAUCCAGCAUCAAUAUCCGUCCUCUCAGGUACUUUGAGGAUGUGACAGCAGCUGUGUCAGAGCUCAGAGAUAAACUACAGGACAUUCUGACAGAGGACUGGACAAACAUCUCACUGACAGUGACUGAGCCCAAGACCAGAGCUGGAUUCUUAAAAUAUUCACAGGAAAUCACACUGGAUCCAAACACAGCAAACACAUGGCUGUUAUUAUCUGAGGAAAACAGAAAAGUAACAGUAAUGAAUCAACAACAGUCUUAUUCUCGUCACCCAGACAGAUUCAGUUCAUUGUGGCAGGUCCUGAGCAGAGAGAGUCUGACUGGACGUUGUUACUGGGAGGUGGAGUGGAGAGGAGGAGGAGGAGUUUAUGUAGCAGUCGCAUACAAGAAUAUCAGCAGAGCAGAAAACUCAGAUGAAUCUGCUUUUGGACGUAAUGACAAAUCUUGGGCAUUAAAUUGUUUCCAAAACAGUUUUUCUUUUUGUUACAACAACAUCCAAACUCCAGUCUCAGGUCCUCAGUCCUCCACAGUAGGAGUUUUCCUGGAUCACAGUGCAGGUAUUCUGUCCUUCUACAGCGUCUCUGAAACCAUGACUCUCCUCCACAGAGUCCAGACCACAUUCACUCAGCCUCUCUAUGCUGGACUUUGGCUUUAUGGAUGUGAUGGAGUCACAGCUGAGUUGUGUAAAGUGAAAAAGAUAAAAGUUAUUGAAGGUGCAGUUUGUUAAAAUGUGUAUUUUAGUUGUUGAAGUGAUUUUGUCUCCAUGUUUGUUGCUGUUGUGUUUCUGCACUGUCUGAAAACAUGUGAAGACUCAGUCAUUAGAUCAGACCCAGGUCAACAUGUGGAGACAUAAACUGUAGUAAACAGACACUGCUGCUCUCACACUGCCGCUGUUCAUGGAAACAAAGACUAAUGACACCUCCCUCUUCAUCCUGCUAUUUCCUGUUCAGAGAAAAUUAAACUAUGUGACAGAGACUCUCAGGACUCUCAUGUUUCUGUAUUAAAAACCACUUGGAUGGAAAGAUGGUGGAAAACACUGUUACAAGUUUCAGUGUUUUAGCUCUCACUGAAAUUCUAUCUUAUGGUCUUCAUGACUUGCUUUUAUUUGACAAACACACGUGUGAUGUGCUGUUGUGUGUAUUUUUCAUUGCUUGUCUUGUGUGUUCAUUUUAGUAUUAUUUUGUAUCUGACCUUCUGAGGGACUACAGAUGGAAAUUAGCUUGAAGCUAAACUCUGGUAC